UCACGUAGCAGUAUAGUAAUCUCACCUUUUAUAAAGAUAACUGUUUGUUCCAAAGCAACUUUGAACGAACAACUUGGAGUUUUUCAAUAUUUCUUCUGUUUUUAAUAGAUAACGUUUAGUAAUUUACCCAUAGAUUAAGAAAAUUAUUAAUUAUGUAUCCAUACUUUAAUAAACCUAGUUUACCAAAUAUGCUAAUGAAUUUCAUAUGUCUUAGGCUAGAAUUAACUUUAUACCAUGAUUUUUGUGGUGUCAAAUGACACCGUAUUCAGUAACGUGGAUCUGUUACUGAUUAAUGAGUAUAACUUGUUUUCCAGUUUAUUGGUGGCAGUAUUCAAAAAAAAUUGUUAGGUAAAUACUUAGAAUAUCAGAAGCACAUUUUUUGGGGGUCCUUAGAAGUUUCCGGGGGAAGAGAGGACCCACAAAAACUUAAAAACUGGUCACAAAAGAUAUGAGCUAAGGAUUGAUUUUUUUGGGAAGGGGGAUUUGCACUAUUUGCGGACUCCACCGAUGCGUGGCAAUUCGUGAUUGGUAUACUUUUUAAUUUUUUUUUGUUUAAUGAAAAAAGUUAAGAAAAAAGUUAAGAAAAAAAGUUAAGAAAUUUUUAAUGGGUUUUAGAGAUAAUCAUGAUCUUAGUUAGUCGGUCUACACGUUUACGAAUUAUAUCAAUAUACUAUAUAAUAUAAUAGGUUGAAUAUCAUGAUUUACCCCUUAUAAAUAAGAAUAUUCAUAUUGUUUACUCUCGUAUUGAUUAAUAUAAUAGGUUGAAUAUCUGUACAAUAUAUUAAUUAUUUAUAGCUAUUAAUUACUUUUUAUUUAUUAUAUAAUAAUAAUUGUCUAUGCGGUUUAUAACUACAGAGUAUAGCGUCUAGAACCAUUUUUAAACACUGAUUGGUGGACUAGUGAUCAAGACUUAUGGGAUUCAAUCGACAAAGGUUUGAAAAAAAAAUAUUUAGAUCAGUAAAAAUUAUUCUCUCCGUUCCCAGCAAAUAGUUUAUACUAGAAAUUUUGAAUAUUAAUAUAUUAGAUUUAUAUAAUAAUUUCUUAUUUCACUCCUCCAUAUUGAUAAGAGUUAACUAGGACGAAAUUCCUAAAUACAUAAUGUUAGAAAUAAGGUUCUACUAUAUGUUUUUUUGCGUAUAUUAAUAGAUGCUGCAAAAUAUUUUUUUGAUAAAACAUCUAAUUUAAUGGAAUGGAAAAAAUCUUCCCAUUUUUUUGAUAGGACUCAUCAGCAGAUUCUUUCUGAAUGCGUAGGAUCGAGGAACUCCUCUCUCCCGAUCUCUAUAAACUGAGAAAAAAAUUAAGCAAAUGGUCAAAAAAUUGGAAGAAGAAAGCAUUUGUUUAACUUACUCUCCAAGGCAGCCAUGUCUAUAAGGUUUUGACGAAUGGAAUCGAAGUGAAGCUGCAGAGGAACGCGCUUAGUGUCAUUGAAGCUCCUACAGGGAAUGAAGAAGACGAUGAUUUAGAAGUUGAGCAUACGCAAUGGAACCCCUCUGAUAUGACAUGUGAAGACACUUUGAAACCUCACAAGUCGAAGCAAAGAAGAUACAGAUCAGCGCGGUUAUCACAUAAGGCGAUGUGCAGGGCCUUGUCUUGUGACUCACACUCGAAAAGCUCGAGUGUUACUCCUCGUGUGAACAUGGUGGAUGCACUUCCCAACCCGUCAAAGGAGCAGCUACUUGAGAUUGUUCAGAGACACUUCAUGUCACAGGAGAUGGAUGAGCUUCAGGUUAUUAUGGGAUUCGUUCAAGCGGCCAAAGGAAUGAAGAAAGCUUGCUGGUGGAAAUCAAGAGAACACCAGAACACAAUGAACUUAACUGCAACAUCUAGAGCUCUUAGAUGGACUAACAGACGGGUACAUAUUUUUAAACCGUGGCAUUAAAAGGGUGAUUUGAUUAGUUGUUAAGCCUCGGUCUCUUUUGAGUUUUGAGUGAACAGUAGAUGUUAUUGCUUACUCAUGUAAGUAGUAGUGCAUCAAGAAGCAAUGGCCUAAAAUCAAAGAAGCCCUUCUAAUCUCUAAUCAAGCAUCCACCUUUAAACAAAUAAU